AUGUAUUCAACGCCAGAGUUGGCAACAAUCAAGUCAAUCAAGUCGGGGCUUAACUUAAUUAACUUAAUUGACUUGAUUGAUAGAUUACGUAGUGAAUCAACCGCCGUAUAUCUUGUAGAUGGUCUCCAGGUCUUCGGGAGAGAUGGCGUCACUACGCGCUUCCAAACCUAUCGCCGUAAUGAGUUUGAGCGCUGGAUAAUCAAGUCACCUGUACCAGAGGAGUCCCUGGCAGCUCUCAUAAAAUCUGACCGGCUCCCAGCUGGCCCUGUACGUGCCUUCUUCGGCGGAGGCUCUGGAGUACUGACGGGAGAGGCGGCCCAAGGUGGCAGUCGUCUAGCCAGCCUUUGUAUACGUGGUAGAGGCAGCCGAGCUGCCUCAUACUAUAUUCACUACUCUCGCACACUAAAGGAUCCUGUAUCCCCCAGUAAACCUAAGAUCCUAGGGAUUCAAUCAAUCAAGUCAAGUUAUCAAGUCGACUUGAUUGUUGCCAACUCUAUUCAACGCGAUGAGUUGUUACCUUUUUCAUCCAAAGACGAUCAUGAAAUGAUACCUAGCUUUUCUUCCCUCUCCGCUAAAGCUCGACACCGAUCUUCUAACUGCAUAAUAAUCACUGGUAGCCCACAAAGAAAACCUCUCCUUUGA